AUGUCCAUUAGCAAUACAUCAUAUGUUGACAUCACCACCUUCUUGGUUGGGAUGCCAGGGCUAGAAUAUGAACACAUCUGGAUCUCUAUCCCCAUCUGCAGCAUGGAUCUUAUUGCUGUUCUAGGAAAUUGCACCAUCCUUUUUAUCAUCAAGACAGAGCCCUCCUUGCAUGAGCCCAUGUACUAUUUUCUUUCCAUUUUGGCUAUGUCUGACUUGGGUUUGUCUUUAUCAACUCUGCCCACUAUGUUAAGCAUCUUCCUGUUCAAUGCUCCUGAAAUUUCAUCCAAUGCCUGCUUUGCCCAGGAAUUCUUCCUUCAUGGAUUCUCAGUACUGGAGUCCUCAGUCCUCCUGAUCAUGUCAUUUGAUAGAUUCCUAGCCAUCCACAACCCUCUGAGAUACACCUCAAUCCUGACAACUGUCAGAGUUGCCCAAGUAGGAAUAGUAUUCUCCUUCAAGAGCAUGUUCCUGGUUCUUCCUUUCCCUUUCCCUUUAAGAAGCUUGAGAUAUUGUAAGAAAAACCAAUUAUCCCACUCCUACUAUCUCCACCAGGAUGUCAUGAAGUUGGCCUGCUCUGACAACCGAAUUGAUGUCAUCUAUGGCUUUUUUGGAGCACUCUGCCUGAUGGUAGAUUUUAUUGUCAUUGCCGUGCCUUACAUCCUGAUCCUCAAGACUGUACUGGGAAUUGCAUCCAAAAAAGAGCAGCUUAAGGCUCUCAAUACUUGUGUUUCACACAUCUGAGCAGUGAUCAUCUUCUACCUGCCCAUCAUCAACCUGGCCGUUGUCCACCGCUUUGCCCGGCAUGUCUCUCCCAUCAUUAAUGUUCUUAUGGCAAAUGUUCUCUUACUUGUACCUCCACUAAUGAACCCAAUUGUUUAUUGUAUAAAAACUAAGCAGAUUAGAGUGAGAGUUGUAGCAAAAUUGUGUCAACAGAAGAUUUAA